UACAGAUGCUGAAUACUUCCGCCGCCUGUAUGUAGUUCCGGACACGUGGUUCUAAUUCUAUCAGCGCAUUACAGAGAAGGAGCGAUCCGGCUUUACUGGGAAUAAAGGAAAAAAAAAGAAAAUACAAAACAAAGGUGUGAUGGAGACCUGUGAGCAAGAAAGCGCUGAUGAAGCCCAGGGAGCUGUGGAGGUGAAUAUGGAUUAUUUGCUGCAGCUGAAGGAGCUCGAUAUCCCGGAGGAAGAAGCAAAAAAGGCCCUUAUUGUGACUGGAAAUGUCUCGGCAGAAGAAGCGGCAAUAUUUUAUUUCGAGAGCCUGGAGAGGCUGAACGAGGAAUUGGAAGAUGAACACAGUUUUCACAAAAUGGUGUUUGUAGUGAAUAUGGAGUUGCCAAUGGGCGUGGGAAAGAUUGCAGCACAAGUGGGCCAUGCAGCUGUUGGCCUGUAUCAGAACCUAAUCAAGGAACCCAAGACAAGAGAGAUGGCCUACAAAUGGGAUGAAUAUGGUGCAAAGAAGGUUGUACUUCAGGGAUCUAGUACCGCACAUUUAUUGGAACUGCAGGCAUUGGCAUUAAGCAUGAAUUUACCAAAUUACCUGGUACAGGAUGCUGGCAGAACCCAGAUUGCAGCCGGAUCCUACACCGUCCUUUCCAUUAUGGGCGAAGAAGAAAGUGUUAACAAGGUCACUGGGAAACUGAAGCUGCUGAACUGAAAAGAGCAAAGACCGUAAUGGGGGUGUUGUUGGCCACUUAUUGCUUGUGGUGUCAUUAAAAGAAGGUCUGGCAACAUCUUUCCCAACACUUUCCAUUAGAAAAGUGCAAAAAUCACUUCCAUGCCGAGAGAGGGAGAGCGCGAGCAAACUUGAACGGUCAGCGCCCAAGCGACAUACAUGAUAAGCACAACCUUGUCAUGUCAUUUUUCAUUAUUGAGACCCUUAGAAACUACAGAGGUGUUAACAAAAAAUGGCCACAUGGCUGAGAGAUCAGAAGAAUUCCAGUCUGGAUUCUGUUGGGGAAAAAAAAAAAGAUGCAUUUUAUGCCUGAAGUCUGGAUUCUGCUCAAUCAUGGCUUAAGGAAAGGGAUGUCGUACAGCGAACGUCUGGCUUGGAACCAAGUAUUUGUUGUACAGAUAAAGCCACACAGUAGUGUUCAAGCUGAGUAUUUUGUGCUUGUGACUGUUAGUCAUUGUUACAUCCAAUAACCUUGUAUGAACCUGCUUACAACCAUCUGCCCACACAAUACAGACAUUUUCUGUUGCAAACUCAUUUAAACACCUGAUUUAUAUAUCUGUAUUAAAUAUACAGAGGGGUGUCUGAAUUUCAGUGUACAGUUUCCACCAUCUGCUAAGUGGGAAGGCUGCAGGUUUCUCACCACUGAUAUAGCAUGCAAUGAAGGUAAGCUCUUCUGCCCAGUGUGUUCAGUUGCAGUUUAUUAACUGGAUUAAUUGCUUGACCCCUUGGUGCCAUAGAAUUACAUUUCUGGCCUUGCCACCGUGUCUGGCAACUUGCAGAUCAAUGAGCCUAACGUGCAAGGUUACAGAAUGUCCUGUUCUUAGUAACUUUUUACUUAGUCUUCAUUUUUUUUAAGUAAUUUUUCAUUUAUUUCCUUUUAUCUUCUGCAUCUUUCCAGCUUUCAAAUGGGGGGAGUCACUAAAAUUCAGAGGCUUCCAACCACUGAUUGUAAACCUGUUGAACUGUAAGAGCAGAGAAGCAGCUGUGAUAUUGUACAAUUCCAGGACCUUUUAUAGGAAAUUAGUGCCUGAGUGUGAGGUUCUAUCUGAAACCCACUGUAGGCAGCAGCCCUGUCUAGUUUUAUGGCUGAGACUCUUGCUGUCUUUAUUAUUGAGAAUUCUGUUUACUAAAUGUAUCUUUUGUGUGUUAUAAAUUGUCCUGUUCUUAGCAGCUUUUCAAUCGUCCUAAUUUUUUUUUAAAUGCUGGUAGUUUGGGAUACUGACCCUGUCCCCAGCAUCCAAAAAGCUCUCUCUCUCUCUCUGUGAGGCUACAGUUGUAUCCCUAUUGGUGUUUAUUACUUAUCUUUUGAUUCAGGCCCUCUGUUAUUCAUCCCCCCAGUACGUCAUUCACGCUACUGCCUGGCUGCUAGUUUCAAUUGGUCCCUAGAUAGAUAGUGGUUGAAAUUCCAAACUGGGGAGUUGCAAAAAAUAAGUAUUUAUAAAUCACAAAAAAAUUAAGACCAACUGCAAGUUGUCUAAGAGUAUCACUGUCUGUAUCAUGCUUAAAGUUAAUUUAAAGGUGAACUACCCCUUUAAACAAUGUGUUUCUGCAUUUAUGACCACUUUGUUCCUUCACUCUUCAGAAAUCUUUGGUGGUUCACCAUUAAGUUACAUUCUAGCAGGGGUGUUUUUUUUGCUGAUAUCUCACAAACCUCAUAAAUAUUUCUGCGAGGGAUCCACUGACUCCAUUUUUAGAUUUGACCAAAUAAUGAAUCCACAAAAGAUCUAGCAUAUGUCAGUUUAAAAAAAUUGCAUCAUUUAAAGCAGGGGUCCCCAACCACCGGGCGCGGACCGGUACCGGGCCCUUGACUGCAUGGGAUUGGGCCGCCGGCGUUCCCCCGAGCGGCAAGCAACGACCAAUACAGGAUGUGAAUGAGCGCGCCGCGCAUAGAGACGCGAUUAAAACGUGCCGUACACACAUCAGCGCCUGCAAUUUGUGCUGCGCCUGCACUACCGCCCCCCCCCGUCCAGUCCGUGGAAAAAUUUUCCUGUUAGUAACUGGUCCGUGGUGCAAAAGAGGUUGGGGACCCCUGAUUUAAAGGGGUAGUUCACCUGCAUGGCCAAUUGUAAGCAACUUUUCAAUUGGUCUUCAUUAAUGCUUUAGUUUUUUUUAUUUACCACCUUCUUUCUUGUAUUCAAAUGGGGGUCUCUGACCCCAGUAGCAAAAAAACUAUUGCCCUCUGACACUACAACUUUUUUGUUAUUGUUACUUUUUAUUCCUUAUGUCGCUAUUCCACUCCUCUACUAACUCUUUCAAACCACUCCCUGGUUGCUAAGGUAAUUUGUACCCUAGCAACCAGAGAGCUGCUGAACAAAAUGCAAAAUAAUUGAAAAAUUAUAAAACAAAAUGAAGACCAAUUACAAAUUGUUUGAAAAUAUUACUCUCUACAUCAUACUAAAUGUUAACUCAAAGGUGAACAACCCCUUUAAUUGCUGAGCUGUUGAUGAAAGAAAGCUGUGCAAAGAAAAUCUAAACAAUUCACUUUCCAAACCCCGGGAGUUGGUUUAAAUAGGCCGUUAUUGCAGUGAAUGGCCAUAACAGUUGGGUAUACUAAAACUGGGAUACAAUACUGUUCAUAAACAUUCUCCAUAUUGGACCAGUUCUGUUCAGCACUGGAUCUUGCUGGAUCACAGCCGUUUGGAUGGCAAAGGCCAAAGGAUUUCUGAAAUGGUUAAAAUGUGCUAACAUGGUGGCUAAAUGCUCAGUAUAAUACAGCUUAAUGUCCUUCAGGAAAACCUGCUUUUUCAUUAAAAAGGUUUUCCCAU